AUGAUCAAUAUUACAAAGGAAUACUCAAUAGACUAUUUGUGCUACUCAUUGGAUGACAAGUACAUUGGUGCUGCAGCAUCAAGUCUAACUGGUGCACUGUGGAAUGGACAGGUCUCAAUAGUAGACCAAGCUUCAAAGUCCACAACACCCAACUCUAUCAACUAUAGUACACAUCAUGGUAACACUUGUAUAAAGUGGUUGACCAAUGACUCUAUGAUCGUCUCGUCAGACGAUGCCAAGUUGACCCUCGUCAAACUAGACGAUAUUGCCAAGACAUUGAUCGAUUACACUGCAGCGCACUCUCAAUCUCAUUCUCAGCCGCACACUCAAUCAGACACAACAUCAACGACAUCGACGACAUCAACGACGUCAAAGCCAAAGCCACCUGUACAACCAAGGUCGACACCUUCAACAAACAUACUAGAGUCAUUGUUCACAAAUGCACAUGACAAUAUCAUUAGUAGCAUUGAUGUGAUGGGAGACUCAAAGGUGGUGUCGGCAAGCUGGGACCGUUCGAUCAAACUAUGGGAUGUCAACGCGAGAACAAUGCUCAAUCAGUUCAAUCUACAUUCAUCGCCCGUACACUGCGUCGUGGCCAAUGGACCACUCAUUGCAUCGUCAUCGGGCAAUAGAGUGGUGAUUGCAGAUACGCGCUCAAAGGACCCGAGCACAGUGACUAAUCACAUGGUGUCCAAUGGCAUUGGAUCACAUUCAGUAUGCUGGCGUAAUGGCAAUGUCGAGUUGCUAUGCGCCGGAGACAAUGGUGAUGUCUUCAUAUUGGACACGAGGAAUAUGGGUACAACAGAACCAUCAAAGAGAUACAAGGGUCAUCAUCAACUGAUGAUCAAUCAGAUCAAACUCAAUCCACACAAUAGCAAUCAAUUCGCCACGGUCUCGGACGAUGCCAGUCUCAUCAUCUUUGACAGCUCGAACGAUACCAUUGUCAAGAAAGUACAACAGACAUCAUGUAUCCGUGCACUGGAUUGGAACAAGUCAGAGGCCAACCAACUUGUAAUUGGCACAGUUGGCAAGCAGAUGUCAAUCAUCACAAUCUAA